CACUCCAGAGCAGAAGGGGGCGGUAAUGCUCCUAUAGAUGGAUGCCAACCGCCGUAAAACAAAAACAAGAAGAAGAAGAAGAAGAAGAAGAAGACCAUACCCCUGGUCCUUAUAGGUUAUUUUCAACAGGCGCUUCGAGGACACCUCACAACACCAGUGUUUCUGUCGUCGACACGUGAACAGAACCCGGUGGUCAGGAUGGGUCGCUCUUCCAAAGACAAGCGGGACAUUUACUACCGUCUAGCCAAAGAGGAGGGCUGGAGAGCAAGGAGCGCUUUUAAACUCCUGCAGCUCGACCAAGAAUUUAAUCUGUUCACAGGUGUGAACAGAGCAGUAGAUCUGUGUGCAGCCCCCGGCAGCUGGAGCCAGGUCCUCAGCCGCAAACUCAGAGGUCAGGAGGAGACGGCUGAACAGGUGAAGAUUGUCGCUGUGGACCUUCAGGCCAUGGCUCCUCUGCCAGGAGUCACUCAGAUCCAGGGAGACAUCACCAAGGUGUCCACAGCUCAGGAGAUAAUCCGUCAUUUUGAGGGUCAUCCAGCCGACCUUGUGGUGUGUGAUGGAGCUCCAGAUGUAACUGGCCUCCACGAUGUGGAUGAGUACAUCCAGGCUCAGCUGCUGUUAGCUGCUCUAAAUAUCACCACGCAUGUCCUGAAACCUGGAGGAACGUUUGUGGCCAAAAUCUUCAGAGGUAAAGACGUGGUCCUGCUCUACUCUCAGCUGAAGAUCUUCUUCAGUGGUGUGACGUGUGCGAAGCCUCGCAGCAGCAGGAACUCCAGCAUCGAGGCGUUUGUCGUGUGUCAGAAUUACUCUCCCCCUGAAGGUUACAUCCCCAACAUGUCCAACCCUCUGCUGGAUCACGCCUAUGAUGUGGACUUUAACCAGCUGGAAGGUCCAAACCGUGUCAUUGUGCCGUUCCUGGCCUGUGGUGACCUCAGUGCCUUUGACUCAGACAGGACUUACCCUCUGCAGCUGGAUUCUGAUAAACUGUACGAGUACACGCCCCCCACGCAGCCGCCCAUCCAGCCUCCGUACCAGCAGGCCUGUCACCUCCGCAGAAACAACCUGCUGUCCAGAGAGGACACUGCGUCCAGAGAGGACACUGCGUCCAGAGAGGACACUGCGUCCAUCUGUCCAGAGCCAGAGCGACUGACCGCACAAACAGCAGAGCAGUCUCACACUUAAUCAACAUCUUGCUCCUGUUGUAAUUGUGUUCUGAAUCACCGGAGUCUGUUUUUAUGACGAACUCUGCUUAUGUUAAAUGACUCAUUUUAGAUUUUAUAAAUAAAGUCAGUUUGUUGAACAGUG